GUUUUCCGACAGACUUACAGCUGAAUCGCGACUCACUACCGACAGUGACUGUAGAGGGGACUGAGACCACUUAACGACAAGAAAACCUUGCUAGGCAGCUUUCGCAAGUUCCAAGUUCACGUUUGAGCUACACCUCACUUCACAAACCUCAGCUGUCAACUACGCUUUGCAUCUUGGCUCAUACUCUUCCUACUCACUUCACAACUCUUUUCCUACUCUCUCCAUAACUCUCUUCCUCCCUUCCCAUCUGCUUGCCCCCUCAAACUGUCACUCAAUCACCUUUGCUACGCCGGCAUCCCGCCACACUAUAUGCGUAUCAAUGUACCGCCUCGAGAAGGACGCGAUCGCCUGAUUAUCGGAGUGGACUUCGGCACAAAUUUCUUGGGAUGCGCUCUGGCGUACAGUGGUGAUCCCGAAUCCGCAGAUGAGAUACAAGUCGUCAAAAGCUGGCCUGGAUCCAACGGGGUGACAUCUAACAAAGUGCCCUCAGAGAUCCUUUACGAGACCAACCCACCAAACUCAGGUAUCAAGCGUGACUGGAAAGGUGAAGUCGUCACCACUACCAGGCUUCGCUGGGGACUUGAGAUCAAGCCCGAGGAGACUCGCUUGCGUUGCCUCAAACUGCGUCUAGAUCCCCGACAGAAACUCCCAGACUAUGUCUCUAGAGAUGAGCUAAACGAAGAGCUUAGAAAAUGCGGCAAGACCGCCGAAGAAGCCAUUUCCGACUAUCUCGCCCAAAUUCAUAGUCGCGCUAUAGAAGCAUUAGUCAAACGCUUUACUCAGCAAACGGUUUCCUCCACGACUAUCGAAGUUGUUCUGACCGCGCCGGCCGUCUGGACUGAUGCUGCCAAAGAUGCCACGUUGAGAGCAGCCCAAAAGGCUGGAAUAGGACCUGAAUAUCACAUGAUCGGCGAACCCGAGGCUACUGCAAUUUACGCUUUAAAGUCAAUGGGAUAGAAGCAGAAGUUGCUGAGUGUCGGCGACAACUUCAUCGUCUGUGACUGUGGUGGAGGCACUGCCGACCUUCUGCCGUCGCCUCGAUGUCACCCUUAAGACU